AUGCCUCCACUACGGCUUUGGCCUCUUCUCCUACCUCCAAAGUUGCAACUCUGCAACUCGUCAGCUGAAUUCACGCUCUCAGAAUUCACCGCCAACCUCAGCAACCAUGCAAUCUACAGCACCGCUAAUAAGGGCACCGUGGAGCAUGACAUCAAGAACUACCUUCAACCUAAAUUUGGGUCAGUAGAAUAUGGGUUUAGGAGGAGCUGGCUGUUGACAAAAUAUUACUACUCCAUCGUCCUCCCUCUCACCCAUAAGGUAUUUGAUAUAUUACUUUGUCCAGUCGAUGUAGCUUACAAGGCUGCUGACAAAAUAAUCCAGGUUACUGAAGAAAACCUCGCAACACUAUUUAUAAAUUGCGGACAUGUUGUGGACUGUCGCAUGUGUGGGGACCCAAAUUCAGUCCUUAGGUUUGCUUUCAUAGAGUUCACUGAUGAUGAGGGUGCAAGGGCUGCUCUGAAUCUGUCAGGAAACGUGCUUGGAUAUUAUCCUGUCAAUGUUCUACCAUCAAAAACUGCCAUUGCACCAGUCAACGAAACAUUCCUACCCAGGCCUGACGAUGAACGUGAAAUGUGUGCAAGGACAAUCUACUGCACAAACAUUGACAAGAAGGUCGCUCAAGCAGAUCUAAAGUUAUUCUUUGAGUCCAUAUGUGGUGAGGUAUUUCGACUGAGGUUUCUUGGCGACUACCAUCAUUCUACCCGCAUCGCUUUUGUGGAAUUCGUGAUGGCAGAAAGUGCUACUGCCGCUCUCAACUCUAGCGGUGUGGUACUGGGAUCCUUGCCAAUAAGCGUCACCCCGCGGCAGCCACCUAUCAGGAGUUCCUCAGAGGCUGUGGUGGCGGUGGAGGAAUGCGCUCGUUCUAUCCACAGCGCGCUCUUCUUGCCAUCUGAAAUUUAG